CUUUCACCGCUGCACGUUCCGACGACUCUUCGCCUAUAAAGUUUGCAGCGAUACAUAUCUAUUUUCAUUCGUCACUAUCCCAGUGCUUCGAGCUCCAUUGCUCUGGCGUGAGGCUCAAGUUUAGCACAUUGUCACCGCUUGCACCGUUUCGCAUCCUGCCGGUGAUUUUGGUGGAGAGAUCGCCGGCUAGGGUUUGGUGACAAGGGGGGGCAACAAAGAUGGAGCUGGCCUGUUGUGGUUGUGGAGCAGGGGCGUUUCAAGCCACAGCCGCCGCUGCACUGGUGAGGCCGGACUGCGGGACCAGGAGUAGCGGGCGAUCUUCAGCGCUGCCUUCUCGGAAGGCUGGUGCGGUGCCGGCAUUGCAGAAAGUGUGUGUUGGUGGAAAUCAGCUCUUGAAGGGCGGAUUCUUCCAAGGGGCGGCGGCGGUGAAGAUUGGCGCUUUGAAGCAGAAUGUGGGCACCAGAGCUGCCGGCCAUAGCUCCGGCGGAGUGGUCAGUGUGUUAAGUGAGGAGAGAGGCAUGGAGAACAUGACGUCGACGGCUCUCAAGGAGGCUGAUGUCCCCCUCCCAGACGUGAUUGAGUCCGGAAUCAGCAGUGGCAAAACCCUGACUGCACCAACGCCGAAGGAUUUUGUUUCCAGGUAUGCCGAAGAUGAGCCUCGUAAGGGCUCCGACAUUCUCGUGGAGGCUCUUGAGAGAGAGGGCGUGCGUACCACAUUUGCGUACCCUGGUGGCGCUUCGAUGGAGAUUCAUCAAGCCCUCACAAGGUCCAAUGUUAUCAGGAAUGUGCUCUGCAGACACGAGCAGGGUGAAAUUUUCGCUGCUGAAGGGUAUGCGAAGUCAUCGGGACGUGUGGGGGUUUGCAUAGCAACUUCAGGCCCAGGAGCUACCAACCUUGUCACGGGAUUGGCUGAUGCGUUGCUGGACAGUGUACCUUUGGUGGCCAUCACUGGACAAGUGCCCCGGAGGUUCAUUGGUACUGAUGCUUUUCAAGAAACUCCCAUUGUAGAGGUCACUCGGUCUAUUACCAAGCACAAUUAUUUGGUCAUGACAGUAGAUGAUAUUCCUCGCGUCAUUCGGGAAGCCUUUUUCCUUGCGGCAUCAGGACGUCCAGGUCCUGUUCUUGUUGAUAUUCCGAAAGAUAUUCAGCAACAACUUGCCAUUCCUGACUGGAAUCAACCGAUGAAGCUCCAGUCAUAUUUGAACCGUCUUCCACCUCCUCCUCAGGUCUCUUUAAUGCAACAGAUUAUCCGUCUUCUUUCCACUGCUAAAAAGCCUGUCAUCUACUCUGGCGGUGGGUGCUUACACGCAAGUAAGGAGCUUCGAGAAUUCGUUGAGCUCACUGGCAUUCCAGUGACAUCUACCUUGAUGGGAUUGGGGACGUUCCCUGCAUCGGACGAGCGGUACCUCUCUAUGCUAGGAAUGCAUGGAACAGUGUACGCUAAUUACGCCAUCGACAAUUCAGACAUGCUUUUGGCGUUUGGAGUGCGAUUUGAUGAUCGUGUGACUGGGAAGUUGGAGUCUUUCGCCUCAAGGGCCAGUAUUGUGCACAUUGAUAUCGACCCUGCAGAAAUCGGAAAGAACAAGCAACCUCAUAUUUCCAUCUGUGCAGAUGUGCAGCUGGCUCUUGCCGGGCUCAACAAGCUUAUUAAGGAGGGGCCAGCCACGAGGCCAAGCUUUUCAGCCUGGCGGAAGGAGCUUGAUGGAGUGAAGGAGAAAUGGCCCAUGAAGUUUCCCAAAUUGGACAGUCAAGUAAUUGUUCCCCAGUUUGCUAUUCAGACAUUGUGUGAGUUGACCGGAGGAAAUGCUAUUAUUUCAACUGGCGUAGGGCAGCAUCAGAUGUGGGCUGCACAAUGGUACGAGUACGAACAACCACGGAGGUGGCUCACCUCGGGUGGACUUGGAGCUAUGGGCUUUGGUUUGCCAGCUGCCCUUGGUGCUGCUGCUACAAAUCCUGAUAUUCCCGUGGUUGAUAUUGAUGGAGAUGGAAGUUUCAUCAUGAACAUUCAAGAGCUUGCGACGAUACAUGUGGAAAAGUUGCCCGUGAAGAUCAUGGUCUUGAAUAAUCAGCAUCUAGGUAUGGUGGUUCAAUGGGAAGAUCGGUUCUACAAGGCCAACCGAGCCCACACUUACUUGGGUGAUCCAGAGGCUGAAGCUGAGAUCUAUCCUGACUUUUGCAAGAUUGCGGAGGGAUGCAAGGUGCCUUCAGCUCGUGUCACACGGAAAGAAGACUUGAGGGAUGCAAUUAAAAAGAUGCUUCAAACUCCAGGACCGUAUCUACUUGACGUUAUUGUCCCCCAUCAGGAGCAUGUGUUGCCUAUGAUCCCAGGAGGAGCAAGUUUUAAGGAAAUUAUCACGGAAGGGGAUGGCCGACAAAUAUAUUGAAAGGCUUGGUGCUGAAAAGUAUGUUCUAGAUACUAUGUACGUACGCGGAAUCAUUAGUGGAAGAGUUUUGGUUGCUGAGUUGUGGAAUAAAUUGGGUAUCUUCAUAGCUUUUGCAUGUGUUGGAGAUGGAAGUGUGCUUGUAGUUUGCAUUCAAGGUUAUGGUUUACAUGAGUUAGCUGACUAUAAGACGUAUCCUGAGGUUCAAGAAUAAACUGCAGAAAUCAAUUUAAGUAGUUUAGAAGGUGAAGUAAUCUUUACCUUGGUAGCCUAGCUUGAUCCGCAUUUGCUUCCGGAAUCAUGAUUAGGAUUCAACGUGGUCAUUACUAUUUACAAACACCUUCACGUAAUCCUCGAGAAUUUAAAUGGCAUAACUGUAAGUAAGUUGGCCUCUUUCUAGGCACAGUUUUGUACGUGUGCCUUAAUCCUGAAAUGAAUUUUUUUCUCUGCUGUAUUUCGGUACUA